AUGGCAACCCCCAUCCCCAUUCUACAACAAGCUGCCGUGGUACAAAACCCAGGCGAGAAUGCAAAUAUUGUUCUCCAAAAUGAGACUCCUGUCGCAAGCCCCGGUCAAAACGAAGUCCUUGUCAAAUUAGCGUGCACCGGCCUGUGUCGCUCCGAGCUCCGCGCAGUCCUGGCCUGGGGCGCAUAUAACUCUAUCAUCGGCCAUGAAGGAGUCGGAACUGUAGUGAGAACGGGGUCUGGAGUUUCAGAGUCUCUUCUCGGCGAACGUGUUGGCGUUAAAUGGCUGUACAGUGCUUGCAAUGAAUGCUCGGUCUGCAAACGUGGAUUCCCACACAAUUGCGCACAACAGCUGAAUACGAGUCGCCAUGUUCCUGGGACACUGCAGCAGUAUGUUAUUGCCGAUGCACGAUUCCUGACCCGGAUCCCGGAGGGUGUAGCAGAUGAAAUCGCGGCCCCAUUACUCUGCGCCGGACUGACAAUGGUUGGCGCAUUAUCCAAACUCGACAAUGAGCUGCAGCCAGGUGAUUUUAUUGUUAUUUCGGGGUCUGGUGGAGGUCUGGGCCAUAUCGGUGUGCAAAUUGCUGCGAGGAUGAAGAACUUGCGCGUUAUUGCUGUCGAUAGCGGAGAUGACAAGAGAGCACUGAGCUUGCAGUCUGGAGCUGAGGUUUUCUUCGAUUACAAGACUGAAGAUGUCAUAGCCCGUGUGCGUGAGUACACCAUGGAGGGCGCACAUGCGACGAUUGUGGUUCCCGGGACGGAGGAAGCAUUGAAGAUGGCUCCCAACCUUGUGAGAAAUAUGGGCUUUAUUGUGAAUGUUGGCCUGCCACGGAAUGAUCUGCACAUCCCGCUUUCUGCUACACUUUGCACGGCAAGAGGUCUCACGUUUAUAGGAUCCUCUGUGGGCACGGAAGAUCAAUUGACUGACUUGCUGCAAGCUGCAGCUGCUGGAAAAAUAACGCCCUCAAUUGAAGUCUUUGCUUUUUCGGCUGUGCCGACUUUGAUAGCAAAGCUGAAAGAGGAUGGUGUUACGGGAAGAGCAGUGGUCACAUUACCACAGUAG